AUGAUGGCUUCCGAUAACCCAGACUCCAAGGCGGACAUGGCCCAGCAGGAGUCGGAAGCUCGUCAGCUACAAGCUCUAGUACGACACAACGACCGAAUCAUUGAGCUGGGACGCUCCCAAAUCAACCACGUCUUCCUGGUGUCCAGCAAGCUCCAGCAAGGGUUGAGCAUCCAGAAGGCGGACGAUGAUCCGGCUAUACCGACAAAGGACAUUCCUUCGGUUUCAGCCAAUUCUAUUAAGGCCCUCUCGGUCCAAUUGAACAAGCUUCGCAUAAUGGAGCUCAGAAUUAGAAUCGAUUCCUUGUCCAAAACGGUGGAGCAUGUCAACAAGAAGAACGCCCAGGUGGCGCAAGAGUGCAAGUCGAUAGAGGAUCAGCUAGUGCUGGCCAAAGAAAAGAUUCCCCUAAUUCACGAAGCUCUCCUCCAGAAACAUCUCCAGUUUCUGAAAGGACUUGAAGACCUCAUUAACGAUUAUCAGAUCAACAAAAUAGGUCAUAUACAACGCCAGUCCAUUAAAUCACAACAACUGGUAUUUGAGAUCUUGAAGGAGGCAGUAUUCCUGAGGACACGAGAGGGCACUCUUUUGUUCCACAACCAGCCUAUCCUCAAGCUUUCAUCGUUCCUCAAUACCAAUAUACUCUUUGUGAAUCAAUUUCUCGAAAACCUAAUAACCCUACAGCGGCAUUUAUCAUUCUUGUUCAAUGUAGGCCUACCCCAUUUGAAGGAUCUAGUGGGCCUAUUACCAAACUCGAAAUUCUACAAUUUAAUCCGUGAAAAGGAAAUACUCAUGACAGGGAAAACAGAUGAUGACGAAACCGAAGAAAAGGACAAGGAACACACACCACCACCAGUAUUAAACUCAGAGAACGUCAUUAAACUUGGCGAUGCCAUCAAGUUGCCCCUUUCGUCUAAAACCAUUAAUAACCAACGCAGAGCACAAUUAUUAAAACAGGAACCAGAAAUUCCUAUUGUGAAAGAAGACUCGAUGUCACCACCCCGGAUAUCCGAAAAACUGGGAGGUACCACUGGUCCAGCUCGCAAAAUGAUUAUUAUACCUCAUAGGAUAUUGAACAAGCCAUUCAGCAAACUCUCGAUUAAAGAGUUCUUACGAUUCCUCGUGGUUGUCGCCAAACUCAUUUCCAAUUUCAUUGUGUUUUUGAAGACCGUCAACAGCGACUACAACGACAGAAUUGAGAAUAACCUCGAUUUUGCUGCCAUUUUGGAACAGAUCAAUAGCCCCAACGCAAUUCUGAUAGGCCACCGUCCCGAGCAGGAUCUCGCGGAUAGCCUCAAUCUCAAGUACUUAAUGGAACAGAUCUAUACCCGGCUCAUUAGUCCAACUUCCAAGGACAGACGGGCACUGGUGCCACCCUCGGCAUUACAGGACCUUAACGUGAGUGCAUUGAUAGCAAACCAAACGAAGCUACAAAGCGACGACUGGGACGUGGUUAGCAAGAUGGAGUAA